UCUUCUAUCGACUCCAGUACUGCACUGUCAUCCUCUGGAUUAGGAUAAGCGCUUCUCCAGCUCUGUAGCGUGUCCGAGCUAUGGCGAUGGUGGCCUGCGGAUGCAGUUCUACCGAUGCCCGAUGGAGCAUGGCGUCUCUCAAGUCGGCUCUCCCUUCCCUCCCUCCCCUUCCCAGGACGGCGGCGGCGGCGGCGGCGGCUUCUAAGGCUCCUCCUCCUUCCGUCCGGUUCUUCUCCGUCGCCAAGAGGACCUCCUUCUCUCUCCCUCGCGGGCCCCGGUUGCAGCUGGGCUCGUUCGCGGGGCUGUCCCCGCUCAAUCCCCUUCUCUCCCUCGGACUGUCUGAUAACGAUAGCUAUGAACACAACUUCACCCUCAUUGACAACGGCUCUCGAGUUUUUGCUAUGAGGCAUGGCAGGCGGGUUCCCAAGCUCAAUAGGCCCCCUGACCAGCGACGUGCACUAAUUCGUGGCCUCACAACUCAGCUUCUCAAACAUGGUCGGAUCAAGACCACCAGAGCAAGGGCCAGUGCCAUUAGGAAGUACGUGGACAAGAUGAUUACUUUGGCAAAGGAUGGAUCUCUUCACAAAAGAAGACAAGCCCUUGGCUUUAUCUAUGAAAAGCAGAUUGUUCAUGCUUUAUUUGCUGAAGUCCCAGACAGGUAUGGAGAAAGAAAUGGUGGCUAUACCAGAAUCAUUAGAACUCUGCCAAGGCGAGGGGACAAUGCACCUAUGGCAUAUAUUGAGCUUGUCUAGUUAACCUUUCUCCUGGCAAAUUUGUGGAACAUUUUUUAACUAAAUGACUGUAGCCUAUUUUUUGGCCAUGAGAAUUGUUGUCACUUACGAGGAAAGUAAAUGUUAUUGCUUCAUUAUUUACCUC